GUUAACAUCGAUGAGCUGACUGAGCCCCCCGUGAAGACUUUUGCUCUCUUUCUGCUGGAUUUACUGGAGGAUAUUUAUUUUUAUUUCUAUUUUUUUUUCAAGCCAACAUCUGGAGUACACUGGAUCUAUGCGCACCCUACGUGGGAGUCAACGACGUUUGUGAAGCUGAAGAGGAGGAAUGUAUCGUUUCUUUGUGAAACUAACAUUUCUGAUUCCUGCGAUCGUCAUCUCACAAGGUCUAAAAUGCUCCCUACCCACUGAAUCCUGCCUGAAUGGAGGCUGGUGUGAGGCCACCUCCAAUGGAAACGGAGAAUGCAAGUGCCCUAAUGACUACGUAGGAAACCGUUGCCAGUAUCCAAGUCCCUGCAGCCCAUCACCCUGCAGAAAUGGCGGCGAAUGCCGGGCUAUUUCCCAUGGCAACACGUUUGAUUUUAAGUGCGUGUGCCGCCUGGGUUUCACCGACCGGCUAUGCCUGACCCCUACCAACCAUGCCUGCAUGAGCUCGCCCUGUCGCAACGGGGGAACGUGUGAUCUCAUUACUCUCACUUCCUACCAAUGCCGCUGCCCGCCUGGCUGGUCAGGUAAAACCUGCCAGCUCGCCAACCCAUGCGCCUCCAAUCCUUGUGCAAAUGGCGGUCAGUGCUCAGCCUUCGAUUCCACUUACAUCUGCACCUGCCCACCCGCCUUCCAUGGUCAAACCUGCAAGCAAGACGUCAACGAGUGCGCCCGGACCCCAUCUCCUUGCUUGAAUGGUGGUGUGUGCGUGAAUGAAGUGGGCUCCUACCACUGCCGCUGCCCUCAAGAGUACACCGGCCAACACUGCGAGAACACCUACCUGCCCUGCAGCCCUUCACCCUGCCAGAACGGAGGCACCUGUGUGCAGAAGGGAGACACCACCUACGACUGUAGCUGCCUGCCAGGAUUUAACGGGCCACACUGUGAGCACAACAUCGAUGACUGUCCGGGUCACAACUGCCAGAACAGCGGUGUGUGCGUGGAUGGAGUGAAUACCUACAACUGCCAGUGCCCGCCUCAUUUCACAGGUCAAUACUGCACUGAAAAUGUGGACGAGUGCGAGUUGAUGCCGAACGCAUGCCAGAACGGAGGAACAUGCCAUGACACCCACGGCAGCUAUCACUGCGUCUGUGUCAACGGAUGGACGGGAGAUGACUGCAGCGAGAACAUCGACGACUGUGCUAGCGCCGCUUGUUACCACGGUGCUACUUGCCAUGAUCGCGUCGCCUCCUUCUUCUGCGAGUGCCCACAUGGGCGCACAGGUUUGCUGUGCCACCUUGAUGAUGCAUGCAUCAGCAACCCAUGCCAAAAGGGCUCCAACUGUGACACCAACCCAGUCAAUGGGAAAGCAAUCUGCACCUGCCCCCCUGGUUACACCGGAUCAGCCUGCAAUCUAGACAUUGAUGAGUGCGCCCUUGGUGCCAACCCUUGUGAGCAUGGUGGACGCUGCCUUAACACCAAAGGCUCUUUUAAAUGCAAGUGUCUCCAAGGAUAUGAAGGUCCUCGCUGUGAGAUGGACGUCAAUGAAUGCAUGUCCAAUCCUUGCCAUAAUGACGCCACCUGCCUGGAUCAGAUUGGAGGGUUCCACUGCAUCUGCAUGCCUGGAUAUGAGGGUGUGUUCUGCCACAUCAACACAGACGAGUGUGCCAGCCAGCCCUGCCUCAACAAUGGAAAGUGCAUUGACAAGAUCAACUCCUUCCACUGCGAGUGCCCUAAAGGCUUUGCUGGGAAUCUCUGUCAGGUGGAUAUUGAUGAGUGUGCCAGCACUCCAUGCAAGAAUGGAGCUAAGUGUACAGACGGUCCAAACAAAUAUACCUGUGAAUGUGCUGAAGGCUACACUGGUCAGCACUGUGAGACAGACAUCAAUGAGUGCUACUCAGACCCCUGCCACUAUGGCACCUGUAAGGAUGGCCUGGCCUCCUUUACUUGCUACUGUCGCCCUGGUUUUACUGGCCGCUUGUGUGAGACCAACAUCAAUGAGUGUCUGAGCCAGCCCUGCAAGAAUGGUGGCACCUGCCAGGACAGGGAGAACUCAUAUAUUUGCACCUGCCCUAAAGGAACAGCAGGUUUUAACUGUGAGGUAAACCUGGAUGACUGCAAGAGCAAACCCUGCGACUACGGGAGGUGCAUCGACAAAAUCAACGGCUAUGAGUGUGCAUGCGAGCCGGGCUACACAGGAGCAAUGUGUAACAUCAACAUCGAUGACUGUGCCAUCAACCCGUGUCACAAUGGGGGCACAUGUGUGGAUGGCAUCAACAGCUUCACCUGCCUGUGCCCAGAAGGCUACAAUGACGCUACCUGUCUGUCUCAGGUGGAUGAGUGUGGAAGUAACCCCUGCAUCCACGGCCGAUGCCAGGACCUCAUUAAUGGCUAUAAAUGUACCUGUGACUCUGGCUGGAGCGGUCCAAACUGUGACAUUAACAACAAUGAGUGCGAGUCCAACCCAUGCAUGAAUGGAGGAACCUGCAAGGACAUGACCAGCGGAUACCACUGCACAUGCAGAGUCGGCUUCACAGGACCUAACUGCCAAACUAACAUCAACGAGUGUGCCUCCAACCCCUGCCUCAACCAGGGCACGUGCAUCGACGAUGUGGCCGGAUACAAGUGCAACUGUUUGCUGCCCUACACUGGUGAAAACUGUGAAACUCUGCUGGCCCCCUGCAGCCCCAGACCCUGCAAAAAUGGUGGAGUUUGUAAGGAGUCAGAAGACUACCAGAGCUUCUCCUGCAUCUGCCCUGAAGGAUGGCAAGGUCAAACAUGUGAAAUUGAUAUAAACGAAUGUGUUAAGAGCCCAUGUCGUAAUGGUGCUCUUUGCCAUAACACAAUGGGUGGCUACCAGUGCAAGUGCCUGCCAGGUUACACCGGCCAGAAGUGUGAGACCGACACUGAUGACUGCAAACCAAAUCCCUGCAGUAACGGUGGUCUUUGCCGCGAUGGCAUCAACACUUUCACAUGUACAUGUCUGCCUGGUUUCCGCGGGGGCAGAUGUGAGCAGGACAUAAACGAGUGCGAGAGUAACCCUUGUAGAAAUGGAGCCAACUGCACUGACUGUGUCAACAGCUACACCUGCACCUGCCCACCUGGCUUCAGUGGAAUCAACUGUGAGAUCAACACCAACGACUGCACCGACAGCUCUUGCUUCAAUGGGGGCACCUGUGUGGAUGGAAUCAAUGCGUUCACCUGCCUGUGUUUGCCUGGAUUCACUGGCAGCUACUGCCAAUAUGAUAUCAACGAGUGCGAUUCAAAACCAUGCCUCAAUGGAGGCUCUUGCCUUGACAGUUAUGGGACAUACAAGUGCACCUGUCCUCUUGGCUACACUGGAGUCAACUGUCAGAAUCUUGUGCGCUGGUGUGAUUCAUCCCCUUGUAAAAAUGGAGGCUCAUGCUGGCAGCAGGGAGCAUCUUACACCUGCCAAUGUCAGACCGGAUGGACCGGACUUUACUGUGACAUCCCCAGUGUGUCUUGUGAGGUUGCAGCCAAACGUCAAGGUGUGGAGGUGGCUCACCUGUGCAGGAACUCAGGCCAGUGUUUGGAUGCUGGAAACACACAUUACUGCCGCUGCCAGGCCGGCUACACUGGGAGUUACUGCCAGGAUCAAGUGGAUGAGUGCUCACCAAAUCCUUGCCAAAACGGAGCUGUCUGCACUGAUUAUCUGGGAGGCUACAGCUGUGAGUGUGUCCCUGGCUACCAUGGUGUAAACUGCUCCAAAGAGAUCAACGAAUGUCAGUCACAGCCUUGUCAGAACGGAGGAACCUGCAUCGACCUCAUCAACACAUACAAGUGCUCCUGCCCCAGAGGAACACAAGGCGUGCACUGUGAGAUUAAUUUGGAUGACUGCACCCCUUCCACUGACCCCCUGACAAACGAGCCAAAGUGCUUCAACAACGGCAGGUGUGUGGACCGCGUAGGAGGAUACCAGUGCGUCUGCCCCCCAGGCUACGUAGGCGAGCGCUGUGAGGGGGAUGUCAACGAGUGUCUGUCGGAUCCAUGUGACCCAAGAGGCUCGUAUAACUGCAUUCAGCUCACCAAUAGCUACCGCUGUGAAUGUCGCACUGGAUAUACAGGUCAGCGUUGUGACAAAGUGUUUGAUGGCUGUAAAGGAAGGCCCUGCAGGAAUGGAGGAACAUGUGCUGUUGCCAGUAACACACCUCAUGGUUUCAUCUGCAAAUGCCCACCUGGCUUCACUGGUUCCUCUUGCGAGUAUGACUCUCGCUCCUGUGGGAGUUUGAAUUGCAGGAACGGAGGUACCUGUGUGUCAGGUCACCUUGGCCCACGCUGCCUGUGUCCAUCAACCUUCACUGGGCCUGAGUGCCAGACUCCCACUGACAGCCUCUGCAUCUCAAACCCCUGCUACAAUGGUGGAACAUGCCAGAUCACCCCAGAAGUGCCAUUCUUCCAGUGCAGCUGUCCCAGCAAUUUCAACGGCCUGCUUUGCCACAUCCUUGACUAUUCCUUUGUGGGAGGCUUUGGUCGGGACAUCACCCCGCCUCCGAAAGUUGAGGUGAGCUGCGGGAUUCCUCAGUGCGACGAGUGGGCAGGGAACCAUAUCUGUGACUCCCUGUGCAACAACCAUGCCUGCGGCUGGGAUGGGGGAGACUGCUCGCUUAAUUUCGACGAUCCUUGGCAAAACUGCUCUGCAGCUUUGCAGUGUUGGCGCUACUUCAAUGAUGGGAAGUGUGAUGGCCAGUGCAACAGCCCUGGAUGUCUGUAUGAUGGCUUUGAUUGCCAGGGCCAGGAAGGCCAAUGCAACCCGCUCUAUGACCAGUACUGCAAAGAUCACUAUGCAGACGGUCACUGUGACCAAGGCUGCAACAACGCAGAAUGCGAAUGGGAUGGCCUGGACUGUGCCAAUAAUAUGCCAGAGAAGCUGGCAGAUGGUCACUUAGUGUUGGUUGUCCACAUCCCUCCAGAACAGCUCAAAAACCGCUCUUCAACGUUCCUCAGAGAGCUCAGCAGCGUUCUGCACACAAACGUCGUGUUCCGCCGCGAUGCCAAAGGAGAACCAAUGAUCUUUCCUUACUACGGCAAUGAACAGGACCUUGUUAAACACAACGUCCUGAAGCGUUCUGCAGAAGGCUGGCCUGAGUGGGCGUCCGUGCCCGCUAAUGUUUUGGGUCAAAUGAAGGAAAGCGUGUCUGCCAUGGUCAGCCCUCGGAAACGCAGGGAAUUAGAUCCCUUGCAAGUCAAAGGGUCUGUUGUGUACCUGGAGAUUGACAACCGUCAAUGCUACCAGCAAUCAAGUGAAUGCUUCCAGAGUGCCACGGAUGUAGCCGCAUUCCUUGGAGCACUGGCAUCUAGCGGGAAUCUCAAUGUUCCCUAUAUUGAAGCUGUCACCAGUGUGAGACCUACCCCUUCUGGUCCAGAGCUCUACCCCAUGUACGUUGUCUUCUUUGGCUUGGCUGCUUUGGGUUUUGUCUGCCUUGGUGUUCUUGUUUCUCGUAAGAGGCGUCGAGAGCAUGGCCAGCUUUGGUUCCCUGAGGGAUUCAAAGUGUCAGAGCCCAGCAAGAAGAAACGACGAGAGCCACUGGGAGAGGAUUCUGUUGGACUUAAGCCUAUGAAAAACUCAGACAUUAAUCUUAUGGAUGACAAUCAGAAUGAAUGGGAUGAAGAGGAUCCAGAAUGCAGGCGCUUCAGGUUUGAAGAACAGGCCAUGUUGGAUCUGAGUGACCACACAGACCACAGAAAAUGGACACAGCAGCAUCUAGAUGCAGCUGAUUUGCGUAUUGCGUCCAUCGCUCCCACCCCUCCUCAGGGAGAGAUCGAGAACGACUGUAUGGAUGUCAACGUCAGAGGACCAGAUGGUUUCACUCCCCUGAUGAUCGCCUCCUGCAGUGGUGGAGGUCUGGAGACCGGUAACAGUGAAGAGGAAGAGGAUCCCUCUGCAGAAAUCAUCUCUGAUUUCAUCUAUCAAGGAGCCAACCUUCACAACCAGACUGAUCGCACAGGUGAGACCGCCCUCCACCUGGCUGCUCGGUACGCCCGCUCUGAUGCCGCCAAACGCCUGCUGGAGUCCAGCGCCGAUGCCAACGUUCAAGACAACAUGGGCCGCACCCCACUUCAUGCUGCUGUGGCUGCAGAUGCCCAGGGAGUGUUCCAGAUUUUAAUCCGAAACCGUGCUACUGAUCUUGAUGCCCGAAUGCAUGACGGAACGACACCGCUGAUACUGGCGGCCCGACUGGCUGUAGACGGCAUGGUGGAGGAGCUUAUCAACUGCCAUGCUAAUGCUAAUGCCACCGAUGAUUCUGGUAAAUCUGCUCUUCACUGGGCCGCAGCUGUAAACAACGUAGAGGCUGCAGUGGUGCUGCUGAAGAAUGGUGCCAACAAAGAUAUGCAAGAUAACAAGGAGGAGACGCCGCUCUUCCUUGCAGCUCGUGAAGGCAGCUUCGAGACCGCCAAAGUUCUUCUGGAGCACCUCGCCAAUCGUGAGAUCACCGACCACCUCGACCAGCUACCCAGAGAUAUCGCCCAGGAGCGCAUGCACCACGACAUCGUACGCCUUCUGGACGAGUACAACGUCGUCAGGAGUCCCGCGCUUCACAGCGCCCCUAUUAGCAACCCCAGCCUCUCCCCGCCGCUUUGCUCCCCCAAUGACUACCUAAGCAACCUCAAACCCACCCUCUCUGCCAAGAAGGUUCGCAAACUCAGCUCUGGCAAAGGAGGGAAAGACGGGGGUAAAGAUAAAGUAAAGAAGAAGAAGUCGCUAGAUGGGAAGGGUAACUUGCUGGACACUUCAGCUGUCCUCUCCCCGGUUGAUUCCCUCGAGUCGCCGCAUGGCUACCUCUCUGAUGUGGCCUCGCCUCCUAUGACAUCACCCUUUCAGCAGUCACCACCCAUGUCUUUAAAUCACCUUCAAGGCAGCGGAGACUCCCAUAUGGGCCAGAUGAGCAUGGGUAAAGAUAUGGGCUGUAUGUCUUUCGAUCCUAACCCACCCCGUCUCUCCCACUUGCCCGUGUCCAGCCCCAGCAGUCAGGGCACAACGUCUAUAGGUGGCAGCAGAGGAGGCCAGUGUGACUGGGUCUCCAGGAUGCACCCAGGUGUCGGCCAGCAAGGAGGCUUCAACCAGGCACCGCAAAUAUCCCACAGCAUGAUGGGUCCUCUGCAUGGGGUCAGCACCGCCACUCUGUCUCAGAUCAUGGGCUACCAGAACCUGCAGACCAGCCAUCUCGGUUCGUCCACGCACAUGAUGCAGAGGCAGCUCCAGCACCAGAACUCCAACUCUGCCACAGCUGGGCAGUCCCUGAACCAGAGCUUCCCCAGCGUGGAGCUGAACGGCUCUGACAUGCAGCAGAACAACGCUCGCUCGAUGCCUAUCCACACCGUAAUGCCUCAGGAGACCCAGAUCCUCGGCACCCAGUUUCUCACCCCUCCCUCCCAGCACAGCUACUCUGGCCCUAUGGACAACACCCCCAACCACCAGCUUCAGGUGCCUGACCACCCGUUUCUAACCCCAUCCCCAGGCUCCCCUGACCAGUGGUCCAGUUCGUCCCCACAUUCCAACAUGUCCGACUGGUCUGAAGGCAUCUCAAGUCCGCCUACGAGUAUCCAUUCACAAAUGAAUCUGAUCCCAGACCAGUUUAAAUAGAGACAGAACUCUUUAGUGGGACAAUAUAUACUGUAUUAACAUGGACAUACAAGAAGACAGACGAACCUUUAUCAGGACUCAACAUGCCUUUUUUUAUUCUCUGUUUUUAUACUAACGACAAGAACAGUUUUAGUAAUUUUGUAUUUAUUUAUGUGCUUUUUUUGACCUGAAAUAUAAAGAAGAUGCUUUUAUAUUUAUGCUUUUUUUAAGUUCUUUUAUUAUGUUAUGUAUGGGAAGGUUAGAAACUGUUAAAAGGAGUGUAUAUCAGAAGAAAAGACUCCUUGAUGUGUACACUGGCUAUUUAUUUGUGUCUUGUGUUGCUUUAUUCACUGGAUUUAUUUUAAUCUUGCAUCGACCUUCUUAAAUUUUAUUUUCGGGGAUUUGCAUUGUGUUAUGUUUGUACAGAUUUUUUUCAACUUUUAUAGAUUAUUUUAAAGUUUUCAGUAUUAAUUAUAUUUUAACCUCCUUUGUCUUUUGAAGCAACACAGGUUUUGUUACUAAACUACAUUUCACUAAGUCUUAUCACUGAGUCUGUGUUAGAUGAUGAUCGGAUAUAUAUUUAAAGUUUCAUCUGUCAUAUUGUUGCUACACUGCUCCUCUCUUGGCAGGAUUAUAAAGAGAACUGAGGUAACUUACUUUGGAGAUUUGGGACCUUAAAGCACAGAACAAAUAUCCCUUAGAGAUGAGUGGAAACGCAUCCUAAUCAGCCUGAGCCUAUUUGUCAUUAAGUAAUGGUCUUGGUUGGUGCUGAGCAUUGAUUUUAGAUCAACUAUGAAGAAAGGAAUGUUUCUUUCCUUCAUAUUUAAUCUCUUAUCAGUGAGUAUGGUUACCAUGUUUAACCUGAUAAGUGUUAAAGUGCAGACCUGUUGUAGAAAGUUGUUACAUUUGCCACAAAAUAGUGCCAGUGUGAGUUUUGUUUUUCUGAAGAAAAACAGAGUAUUUGUGAGAUUUCCUGUAAAAAAUAUUGUUUUCAAGGUGGAGAAUAUUGGAAAAAAACAAAGGGGACCUGUGUGAGCGUGUAUGUUUGUGCGUAUGUGUGUUCAACGACAUCGCCUGCACUUUUGUAAAGGAGUGUGGAGAAAGGUGUCUAAAUGUCACGUUUUAUAAACUAAUUCUGAGAUAAAGAGGUUUUAAGAAAAAGCUGUAAUUCAAAAUCAAUGUUCAUGCAAAGUUGUAGUUUGCAAAGAAGUAUUUCCUGAUUUAAAAUGUUUUGUAAAA